AUGUCGGCACCUCAGCCACCACCAAAAGCUCCCACCCAGCGCAAGGUGGCCAAAAAGGGCCUGUUUGCCAAGGACUUGGGCGCCAUGAUGUACGGCUUCGGCGACGACAACCCGGCACCCGACACGAUCGCCCUCAUGGAGGAGCUCGUCGUCGAGCACAUCUCGGACCUUUGCCAGCAAGCGCACAUGAUUUCGACCAACCGUGGCAAGGUCAAGGUCGAGGACUUCCGCUUCGCCCUGCGCCGCGACCCCAAGAAGCUCGCCCGCCUCGACGAGCUCCUCUUCAUGCAGGAGGAGAUCACGCGCGCCCGUCGAGGCUUCGACAACACGUUCGACGAGUACGCCGACGAGGACGACAUCGCCGCCGCCAAGGCCGACGUUGCCGCCGGCGUCGGCAUCGUCAACGGCUCGAGCGGCGCGGCCCUCGCAGCGGGCGCAGCGGCGACCAAGAAGGGUCCGGCGGGCACGAGCGGCGGCCUGACGCUCCCAGGUGGAGGAGGCGGCGGGGCGGCAGUUGGCGGCGGGUCGGGCUCGGGCGCAGGAGGCGACGGCAAGGCCAAAGCGGCCAAGGCCAAGGGCAAGCAGAAGGCCUGA